CUAAUAACAUUGGCUGUUUGUCCUCAAAGGUUUUUCAUGUAUAGAAAGAUGCUGCUGACAUUUCACCAAGGCAGUUGUGUUCUAUCUUAAAAUGUAGCAAAUAGGAACUGGAAACUGCAGUACAUGUGAACAGGGAGAACUCUUCCACAGUCAUGUUAUGGAGGCAGGCCUGUCUGAGAGGACUUUGAGCCUGACUGUCAGGACACCCAGUAAUUGCAGCCACCAGAGGAAAUGGAUAUGAGGUGGGGGUGAAAAAUGGGUAAGGAACAGCUUGACAUUCAGUUCAGGAAGAAGAUGCAGGCAUGGUAAGAGGUUACCUUGCAGAAGGAACGUGGCUUGAGAAACUUGAUGUGAAAUCCACGCUGUUAACCCUGCCAUCAAGAUUUGCAGACUGAAAGCAUUUCUUCUCUAGUUCACCUCGAAGUCAAUAUCAAGAUACUUUCAGAAUGUCUAGCAAAGAAGUGAAGACUGCUCUAAAAAGUGCAAGAGAUGCCAUCAGAAACAAAGAAUAUAAAGAAGCUUUGAAACAUUGCAAGACAGUGUUAAAACAAGAGAAAAAUAACUAUAAUGCCUGGGUUUUUAUUGGUGUUGCUGCAGCUGAGCUAGAGCAGCCUGAGCAGGCCCAGGGUGCCUAUAAGAAAGCUGCCGAACUGGAGCCAGAGCAGCUACUCGCUUGGCAGGGGCUAGCAAGUUUGUACGAGAAGUGUAAUCACGUAAAUGCUAAGGAUGAUUUACCUGCUGUUUACCAGAAGCUGUUGGAUCUCUAUGAAAGUGUUGACAGGCAGAAGUGGUGUGAUGUCUGUAGGAAGCUCGUGGAUCUGCAUCACCAGGAAAAGAAAUACCUAGAGGUGUCUCGGACAUGGUAUAAAUUGAUAAAGAUACGUCAAGAAGAUGGAGCAGAUAAACAAGAGCUUCAUGAGCUGUGGAGAAAAUUGACACAGUUGCUGUCUGAGAAUAUAGAAGAUCAGAAUAAUGAAACACAGCAGAUGCUUUUAACUGCCUUUGAGAAUGCACUGGACUUAGCAGAGAGUAUUCCCAGUGAAGAUCACCAAGUACUUUACAGGCAUUUCAUUGAGUGCUUAUCCAAAUUUCCUCACGAGGCAACUAGGUUGAAGAAGGCCUGUGAAGAAAUGAUAACUAUCUAUCCUACCGCUCAGUAUCCACUAGAAGUGAUUUGUUUGUACUUAAUUGAGUCAGGGAGUCUGAUAGAUGAAGGACAGCAAUAUUGUUGUAAAUUAGUGGAAAUGAAUCCAAAAAGCGGUCCAGGCCUCAUUGGCUUAGGUGUUAAAGCUUUACAAAACAAGAAGUAUGAAGAUGCUGUUAAUCACCUAACCGAAGGCCUGAAAGAAAGCCCUCUCUGCAUAACUGCCUGGUGUCAUCUAGCGGAAGCCCAAGUCAAAAUGCACAGACCCAGGGAAGCCAUUCUUUCUUGCAAUCAAGCUCUGAAGACUAUAGAUAAUGUCGGUGCGUCAGGUGCCCGUCUUCAUCAGAGGAAUCUUUGUCUUCGUCUGAAAGCAGAAGCUCUGCUUAAACUCUCCGACUGUGAAUCUUGGGAGGAAGCAGUUCGCACUCUUGGUCAGGUUUCGGAUGCAGAUAAGACCCCAGGACUGCUGGUUCUCCAAGGCCUGGCUCAUCUGAACAUGGGCGCUGUAGGCGAGGCUAUGAAGAUCAUGGAAGACCUUGUGGCCUCUCACCCUGACCUAGCCAAGGUUCAUGCUCUUCAGGCUGCGGUUCAUUUUACUAAGAAGGACUACCUGCAAGCAGAAACAUGUUUCCUGAGAGCACUUGAGAAAGACCCGGAAGUUGCUGACUAUCAUUUCCAGCUUGGGUUGACGUACUGGUUGAUGGGUGAAGAAACAAGGACAGAUAAAGCAAAGGCUCUUACCCACUUCCUGAAGGCUGCGAGACUGGAUGCCUACAUGGGUAAAGCUUUCUGCUACCUAGGCCAUUAUUACCGAGAUGUGGCUGGAGACAGAAGCAGAGCCCGAGGGUGUUACAGGAAAGCUUUUGAAUUAGAUGACAUGGAUGCUGAGUCUGGAGCUGCGGCAGUUGACCUCAGUGUGGAGCUGGAAGACAUGGAAACUGCUUUAGGUAUCUUAACAGCAGUAACUCAAAAGGCAAGUGCUGGAGCAGCAAAGUGGGCCUGGCUUAGGCGAGGACUCUACUAUUUGAAAGCUGGUCAACAUUCUCAAGCAGUGGCUGAUUUACAGGCCGCUUUAAGGGCAGACCCAAAGGACUACAAUUGUUGGGAGUCAUUAGGAGAGGCAUACUUAAGCAGAGGUGGCUAUACAACAGCCUUGAAAUCCUUCACAAGAGCCAGUGAGCUGAACCCAGACUCCACAUACAGUGUGUUUAAAGUGGCAGCAAUACAGCAAAUCCUGGGCAGGUACACGGAGGCCAUUGCUCAGUAUCAGCUGAUCAUUGAAAAAAAAGAGGACUAUGUACCUGCCUUAAAAGGAUUGGGUGAAUGCUAUCUGAUGAUGGCCAAGGCGGCCUUAGUGGACUUUCUGGAUGGAAAAGGUGUUGACUACGUGGAGAAAGCACUGGAAUAUUUCACUUGGGCUCUGCAGCACCGAGGCGAUGUGUCUUGCCUGUGGAAGCUCGCUGGGGACGCCUGCACCAGUCUGCAUGCUGUUUCACCAUCUAAAGUGCGUGUACGUGUCUUAGGCGUCCUUCUUGGUCAGCAAGAAGGAAGAGAAGUAUUAAAGAAAGAUGAGCUCCUGCAUCUCGGAGGAAGGUGUUAUGGUCGAGCAUUAAAGUUGAUGUCUACAUCGAAUACAUGGUGCGAUCUUGGAAUUAAUUACUAUCACCAAGCACGACAUUUGGCAGAAACUGGCAGCAACAUGAAUGACCUUACAGAGUUACUGCAGAAAUCUUUGCAUUGUCUGAAAAAGGCAGUGAGACUGGACAGUGAAAAUCACCUAUAUUGGAACGCACUUGGUGUGGUUGCAUGCUACCGUGGUAUUGGCAAUUAUGCCCUUGCUCAGCACUGUUUCAUCAAAUCAAUCCAGGCAGAACAAAUUAAUGCUGCUGCUUGGACCAACUUAGGAGUGCUCUACCUUGCGACUGAAAACAUUGAGCAAGCUCAUGAAGCUUUCAAAAUGGCUCAGUCCCUUGAUCCAUCUUACUUAUUGUGCUGGAUUGGACAAGCUCUUAUUGCAGAGAGAAUUGGAAGUUACGACACCAUGGAUCUCUUCAGGCACACUACAGAGCUCAGUAUGCAUACUGAAGGAGCAAUAGGUUAUGCAUAUUGGGUUUGUACAACUUUACAAGAUAAAAGCAACAGAGAGACAGAGCUUUACCAGUACAACAUCCUGCAGAUGAAUGCUGUCCCUGCAGCACAGUGCGUUCUCUGCAAAUAUGUGGGAAGAAUUCAGAAUUACGCUCCAGCUUUCUCAAUGUUGGGUUAUUUAAACGAGCAUCUGCAGUUGAAGAGGGAAGCAGCAGAGGCAUACCAAAGGGCAGCUGCGCUGUUACAAUCUGCCGAAGACCAACAUACUUACAAUGUUACAGUGAGAAACUGGGGCAGAUUAUUAUGCUCCAUUGGUGAAUAUGACAAAGCUAUCCAGGCCUUUAAGUUAACGCCCCUUGAGGAACUGGAGGACCUCAUAGGUUUUGCACUGGCAUUGUUUAUGAAGGGACUAUAUAAGGAGAGCAACAAAGCCUAUGAGAGAGCCUUGAGUGUUGUUAAAUCAGAGCAAGACAAAGCUCAUAUUCUGACAGCUCUGGCAAUAACAGAAUACAAACAAGGAAAAAUGGAUGCAGCUAAGUCGUUGCUUUUCAAAUGCUCUAUUUUAAAGGAACCGACCACAGAAAGCCUUCAAGCACUAUGUGCUCUAGGGUUGGCAGUGCAGGACAUUACACUGUCAAAAGCAGCACUUAAUGAGUUGCUGAAGCAUAUCAAACACAAAAACGAUUAUCACAGAUGCCUUCUCACGUCAGCAAUUUAUGCACUCCAGGGCCGCACUGUGGCAGUGCAAAGGCAGGUGUCCAAGGCUGUCCACAGUAACCCCGCUGACCCUGCUCUUUGGUCCUUGCUAUCGCGAGUUGUGGCUCAGUACACUCAACGGAAUGCAAAGGGAGGGGCUGUAGCUGGCAGUGUGGCUCAUAUUCUGGAUUCAAAUCAUGGAAAGAAGGCAUUGUUAUAUACUGCAGUAAACCAGUUGGCCAUGGGAAGCAGUACAGCAGCAGAGGAAAAUAUUGCUCUAAAGACCAUUCAAAAGGCAGCUUUUCUUUCUCCAGAUGACCCUGCUGUCUGGGCUGGGCUGAUGGCAGCCUGCCAUGCUGAUGAUAAACUGGCUUUGGUCAGCCACUCGCAGCCAAAAAGAGUAGAUCCGUACUUGGCAUUGCUUUCUGCUGUGUCUGCCUCACUUAAGAACACGGAAAUCUUGAAAAGUUACAACCAGUCACUUGAAAAGUGGUCUCUCUCACAAGCUGUCACUGGUCUAGUAGACACAGGAAAAACAUCUGAAGCUGAGUCUCUGUGCACAAAGAAUUUAAAAAGUAACCCUGAUCAGCCCGCUGUAAUCUUACUGUUAAGACAAGUUCAGUGUAAAUCACUCCUGGAGUCUCAAAAGCCCCUCCCCGAUGCUGUGCUGGAAGAACUGCAGAAAACAGUCAUGUCCAAUUCUACCUCUGUUCCUGCGUGGCAGUGGUUGGCACAGGUGUAUCAGUCCCAAGGAAUGAUGGGUGCUGCAGAGAUGUGUUACAGAAAGAGUCUACAAGUGGCAUCCCAACAGGACAGCUGGAGUGGGAAGCUCUCCAGUCUGCUGAAGCUGGCACUGCUCGCGCUGGAAGUGUGCAUGGCUAAUGUUUCGGGUGAUCACUGGUCGUCCUUGGUUCAAGAGGCCACAAGUGAGGCCUUGAAAGUUUGCUUUUGUCCUCUGGCUGUCUUCUUGCAAGCUUUGUUGCAGUUCAACCGUAAGAUGGGAGCAAGAGAGACGCGGAGACUUUUGGAGAGAGUAGUGUACCAGCCUGGAUACCCCAGCUCAAUUGUAUCAACUGCACGUUGGUACCUCUUGAGACACCUCUAUGCGAAAGAUGACCAUGAGCUCAUUGACGUUUUGGUGAAGAAUGCGGAGACUCACGGUGAUAAAAGAACCUUGGAACUGAAUCAGAAGCUGUCCACACAGUGAUCGUGGACUGGGAGGCAGCAAGGAAUCGAAGAUAACACUGAGGAAUGAAGCAGUAAAUCAAGAGUUCUCACCAGAACAGUGUAUUUUAAAACUGUAGUUGUAUGAGCUGGGUGUGGGGGUGCACACAUUUAACCCCAGCACGUGGGAGGCAGGGGUAGGUGGAUCUCUGUGAAUUCCAAGCCAUCCUGAUCUACACAGAUUUCCAGGCCAGCCAUCAGUACACAGUGAAUCCCAUCUUGAAAAAAUAAAAACAAAUAAAUUUAAAACUAUAGUUUUAAUCAUCCAUUGCUUUCCCCUCUUUAUUUUGUUAUUACCAUUUUUAAUCUACAGAAGUUGAAGUUCUUAAGUUAGGGGUGUAGCUCCAGUAAGCCUUGAUCUGCUCUAACCUUCAUGACAUCUUUGACUUGGCCCAUGAAGAAAGUUAAAACCUUGAUUUCCUUAGUUUUAACAGUUACUUACUAACUGUUAUUUUUUGUUUCCAAGACAGGGUUUCUGUCUGUAGCCUUGGUUGCCCUGGAACCCAGAGAUCCAACUGCCUCUGACUCCCAAGUUCUGGGAUUAAUGGAAAAUUGGGGGAAAUGAUUUUGAUAAUAUUUAAUUAUUCAUGCAGUUUCUUUGUUCAUGAUGAAAAGAUGUGGACUACCUGAAAUAAAACAAAAAUCAUGUCCUAUUUUUUUAUAUUAUCAAUAUGAAACAUAGUUUUUAAGUUUUGGGUUUUAAAACCUAAAAGAGUUCCUGUUGUUUCCUAAAAAGAAUUCAUAUAUUUAAACAGUCUGGAUGUCACUUGCUUUGGAUUGUGGUUUUCAGUGUUCCGGUGGGCAUGGUGGUGCAUACCUUUAAUGCCAGCACUUGGGAACAGCGCCUUGCGGAUCUCCAUUUGAUAAUAGCCUGUUCUACAUAGAGUUCCAGGCCAGCCAGAGCUGUAUACUGCGAUCUUGUCUCAACAGUCUUUCUCAGAUGUAAACAUUUAUUGUACAGAGGUAUGUGGCAGUAUAAUUUUGUAUGUGGUUUUUAUUAGCCCACAAGCUCAUUGUAUUUUGUGAAAUCGUAUAAAUUGGUAAUAUCCCUUAAUUAAACUGUAUGUCAGGUUAUUCUCGUAGAUAGAACUUCACCUGGUAUUUUCCAGUUGUGGUGGAGUGUUGUGAUCACUGACAGCUAUUCCAUCAGAAACCUUAGGAUGGGAGGGCUCUCUCUGCUUUCUGAUGGAGUCUGAGGAAGUCUAUCAACAUGUUUGCAGAUCUGACACAUACAUUCUCCUUAUUUCUUCCUCCUUCUCCUUUUAAGCUGAUCCAGCGUGUAUAGCAUGACCCAGCCAGAGGUGCCCUGGGAAGGCUGCUGUCAGCUGUAUUAGACACAGUCCCUGCUGUCCACCUGCUUUAUAGGGUCCCAUGUGCUUCACAGUUAGAUUAUGUGACCAUGUUUGGUUUAGAAAAUGUAUUCACUUAAGAUUUGUGUACUGAAGAUCACUCAUGGACUGUUUAGCCUUUUCACACAGUCAAGUGGUGACCUUUGGAUUCUUUUGCCAAUUCUGCCUUCCGUGGACCUGAGUUUUCUGGAAAUCAGGAUCGUCAAAGCCAAUUCAUUUCAUUCUUUUUUGCAUUUAGAAUGUGCACAUGCAUUUUAUUUUGUGCCAAAAUUGGAAUCAUCUUUCUUCAUCUUCUCCUUCAAUAUUGGUGUUAAGCCACAUUCUUAAAGGCACUUUGAAACAAAUCAACAUUAUAAAACUGUGGAAAAUGAAUUAAAUUAAAGCUAAUUUCUCCAAGGACUGA